AUGCGGAGUCGCAUACGCACGACAAUGACUGGGGUGGGACUCUACCAACAAUCCCUUCAUGUGCACCGAAAGAGCCGCACGCAGGACGAGUUAAGGAUCGAUGCACUCGCGAGUUCUACUCGGAGGAAAAUAGCGGACGCCGUGCAGCCUCGCCGAAGAGUUUUGCCAUGGUUAGCAUUAAACGAGGUGUUCAUGACUGAAAUUUUAGCGGCGAAAUCGAUCACGUUCGCGAUCCAGGUCAACGAUGAGGAAGAAUUAACGACUCGCUCGUCAGGAAUCGGUUUCUACACAGGCUCGGGUUCGCGAUCCUGGUUCAGGGAGAUGAAUCUCCUGCAGACCGAAACCGUUCAGACAGUCGUCGCUAUGGCGACUGGCAGAGAACUCAGUGGGAAGGAAACUAGCGAAUUGUUGUACAAGUAUCACAGCGGUCUCCUAUUCCCGCCAGAUGAUCCAAAAAUGGCGUACAUGAUAUAUGAAUUUCGCAGUAUGCGCUUCCCAAAGUCGCUCCCGGAAAGGCGAAAGUGUCGCAGCAUCAGAGUGAAGUCGUUCGGCUUUGACGCCGGUCUGAUUCUAGAUGGAUGCGUGUGCAUGCCCUUCAAUGACGGCAGCACCGCGCUCUUCGAGAUCCGGCAAUACGCGCUGAAGAAUAUCGUUCUGCGAUAA